AAUAAUUUAAGUGUUCUUAUUUCAGAGAGGAGGACUGCUGUAACAACCUUCUGAACGAGCUGAACGCUGGAGAGCACUGAGUGAAGAGUACUUUGGAUAAGUGCUAUCAAUUUACAAAGUAACGGAAUGGAGAACAAGCAACAAAGCAAUGGGGGGGUGACAAAAAAUAAGGAGAUGAAGAAAAAAAUGAAUUGGUCUGGAAGUCUAAUUUUAGCAUCUUUAACUGGUGCUUUUGGGUCAUCUUUUCUUUAUGGUUACAAUCUCUCUGUGGUGAACGCGCCUGCAGUGUAUAUCAAGAAGUUCUACAAUGAAACUUGGGAACGAAGAUACGGCUUCUCAGUGGAUGAAAGCACCCUGACUCUCCUCUGGUCUGUAACUGUUUCCAUUUUUGCCAUCGGUGGCCUUGUGGGCGCUAUUAUUGUUACCCCAAUUGUGAAGUUCUUUGGACGGAAAUGUACGCUGUUGCUUAACAACGUCUUUGCAGUGACAGCUGCAAUACUGAUGUCACUCUCUCAGCUGGCAGGAUCAUUUGAAAUGCUCAUACUGGGCCGCAUUAUAAUGGGAGUUGAUGCAGGCAUUUCCUUGAGUGCCCUUCCCAUGUAUUUGAGUGAAAUAUCUCCUAAGGAAAUCCGUGGUUCAUUGGGUCAGGUUACAGCAAUUUUCAUCUGUGUCGGUGUUUUCAUGGGGCAAGUCUUAGGACUGCCAGAGAUAUUUGGGACAGAAUCUCGGUGGCCUUUUUUGUUUGGAGUGAUCGUUGUUCCUGCAUUGGUACAAAUUGUGAUUCUACCUUUUCUUCCUGAAAGUCCUCGUUACCUCCUACUUGAAAAACAUAAUACCAGUAAGGCAGAAAAAGCAUUUCAGACCUUCCUUGGGAAAGACGACGUGUCUCAAGAAGUAGAAGAAGUUCUGGCAGAGAGUCGAGUCCAAAGAAACACCAAAUUAGUGUCAGUGCUUCAGCUCCUUAGAACCCGUGCUGUACGGUGGCAAGUCAUCACUGUGGUCGUCACCAUGGGAUGCUACCAGCUUUGUGGGCUAAAUGCAAUCUGGUACUACACAAACAACAUCUUUAGUGAAGCUGGAAUCAAUAGCAAAACAAUCCCAUAUGUUACUCUAAGCACUGGUGCCGUUGAGACCCUUGCUGCUGUUUCUUCUGGCUUAGUUAUUGAACGGCUUGGACGCAGGCCUCUUCUCAUCGGGGGUUUUGGGUUGAUGAUCAUCUUCUUUGCAGUUCUUACUGUGUCUCUGACUUUGCAGAAUAAUGUGACUUGGCUUCCUUACCUCAGUAUAUUUUGCAUUCUUGCAAUUAUUGCAUCAUUCUGCAUUGGACCAGAAAACAGAGUUUUGGAGCUGUUAAGGAAAAGAUAUAACAGAAUUGCUUUCAGCAUGGUUGCAUCACCACUGAAUUUUGGAGAGGGUGGGAUCCCGUUUGUCCUCACAGGAGAGUUUUUCCAGCAGUCUCAGAGGCCGGCUGCAUUCAUGGUAGCUGGGACAGUCAACUGGCUCUGCAACUUUGCAGUCGGACUGCUCUUCCCUUUCAUUCAGAGCGGUUUACAGAACUACUGCUUCCUCGUGUUUGCUGCCAUCUGCUUUGCAGGAGCAACCUACCUGUUUUUUGUCCUGCCUGAAACUAAGAACAAGACAUUGAGUGAGAUCAGCCAUGCAUUUGCCAAAAGAAAUAAAGUCUCCUUGGAAAUGCAAGAAAUGAACCAUUACCCAGAAGAGAGGAAAUCAAGUGCUGAGCAAGAAUCAAACUUCACUUCUUCAGUGGACAAUGGGGAAACAAAACAUGCAAUUGUGUAAAACAGGGACGUUCUUUUGGGGUGGCUGGAGGGAAAAUAUGUUCUUUUCAUUGAGUAUGUUUAUAGUAAUUGUAUUUUUAAUGUGACAACAUGAACUACUUCCUCCUCAAAUAUGUUUUAAAGUGAGUACAGGUGAACUCGUUAGCAGCUAGGGAGAUGUAGGGGAACUUGGAGGCAGAGUAGCAGCAGCUGUUUAAAUAAGAGCCAGAGUUUUCUUGGACACCUGCGAAGUAGUGGGGUGGAGGAAUGUAGACCUGGGGAAUGUAGCAUACUGGCAGUGGGGAGCAGUAGUUGGCCAGGCACUGCUGUGUGUAGAUGGUGAGGUGUGUGUGCACCUGGAAGGAGAUGAAUGGGAAGGAGUGCCAGUAAGGAUAGGGUUGCUAGGAAUCAACAUGAGCCAACCUGAAAUGGGACCAGCUUUCCUUGCUCUCAGUUGGUAAGCCUACACAUGAGAAGUGAGGAAAAAGAAGACAGGUGAUGCUCCUCCAACCUUCCAGUCCUUCUCCAGCUAUUUUGGCUUUUCUCUGCUUCUUAUGAAGACCUCCCAGCUAUUCGUGACUGGGAAGCUACAGGGCCUGAUGGGUUUCUUUAUCUGAUCUGCAAAUCAUGAUCUAUGAUUUUCUUAUAGUUUCUGAGUUUGCUUGGCACUGCAUUUCUGUGAGAUACAUAUACAUAUUUUUAUAAGACUGUUUCUAGAAUUUUUAGUAUGAAAGGAAAUCUAACCCUCAUAUUGAAGGGAAGGAACUUUGAUAGUAGUUGUAGGGUGUAGCAUUGAAAAGAAAACCAAAUACCAAGUUUCCCAAGGGUGUUUUUUGUUGUUAAUUUUUCUUUGGGUUUGGCUUUUUUUUAAUUAUUCUCUGUGUAAAAUGAUAACCAAUUCCUCUCUUUCAAGUUCCUUUUAAAACAAGUCUUAGGAGCCAAAAUUUCUCUAAGACCCAAUAAACACCAUUUCUUAACACUCAAAUUUCCAAAGGAACUUGGAAAUCUAUUUCUUAUUUAGACAUUAAUUUGGGCUCAAUUCUUAAGCUCUGGACCUUCUCCAUGUUUAUAUGCUUCUAAGCUACUUAAUGCUCUCAAAACUGGACUUAAGAUCUGCGUAAUGUCAUGAUAGCAAGACUCAGCAGGUUGCCAAGUGGUAGGUGAUCCAUUGCCUUUCAUUAGGUUAUUUUUAACAAACUCUUAUUUCCAGUUUGUAAUUAUGAUAAUGGUUUUUCUUUUCUCUUUAAGUAACUUGGAUGCUAAGGGUGUAAAUAAGCAAUUGAAUAGCUGUUGUUUCAUAUGAAAAGUCAGUAAGUCUUAGUGCUGUUCUCAGUGAGGAGUAUGGCACAAGAAGCAAGCGCAGCAUUUAGGUAGAGCCAGCUGCUUCCGUAAGUUACAUUUACUAAUGUCCAAAUUCAUAAAUUUGGGAUUAAAUAUAUAUAUAUAUAUACCCAUAUAUAUCCAAAAUAUAAAUGUAUAUGACUACACAUAUAUUCAUAUAUAGAGCAAGAAAUAAAUGGAUAAUUGCUUUCUAGUAUUUAUUCUGUUCAGACUUCCCUGACUACUAAGCUGCUUAUUGUUUUGUUUCAUACUGUAAAUUAAGAUCAAAGAUCCUGAUAGCUAUUACUUCUAAAUGAUGUAUAGGGUAUACUGUGAUUUAUUUAUUUGUGAUAUAUUUGCUGCACACACCAUAAGCAUAGAUUACCUAAUAUAGGGCAAUUUCACCGUUGGGUAACAAAAGAAAAUUGUUCUAAGACUUUAUGCCUGGAUUUAUCCUAUUUUAUCGGGCUAGAGAUUCAGCAAAAAGUCAGACAGGAAAAAAAAGAUACAUGUAAGGAAGAGAGUUAAGAAUGAAGAUUCAGAUUUAUGAUACUGGUGCUACUUUUAAGAAACUGAGUGUAUCAGGGCUAUACCAACUGAUCAUGAGAUACAGAAGCUAAUCAAAUACUAUGGAGAAAAAUGAAGAAAGGUGUCUUCAAUAACCCCUUCUAAAGUUGUAUACCUAAGAAAUGGAUAUGUCUUCUUUUGGUGGCUCUUGUUGCCUACCCACGUGUUACGUGAGGCUUUCUAAGUGGUGGCCAGGUAAAAAAUGAAUGCUAUCCCUACAGACCAUUUCCAGAAGAAAUUCUUCUACUGCCUGUAGAGCAAGACUGGCAAGUUCAGACCCUCUCAUUCAGGUUGAAAAUUAUUUUGCAAUUAGGGCUACUGACAUGAAAUGAUGUGAUCUUACUGAGAUGAGGUGGCUGGACUAGAAUCCAUUAUUAUUGUCAAAAUUAGAAAAAUGUGGCACUCAGUGCUAUUCAUUGAUAUGCAUUACAGCAACAUUAUCAACAAAUAAUGCCUACCAGAUAACUUCAAUAAAAUAUCAUGUUGGCCUUAAUAGAGCAGUUCAGUUGGGCUUCUGCAACAGGAUAAAAUUAUCUUACUAUUGUUUAAAGUUGCACCUGGAGCCCAGCUAUAAACAUGUUGACCAAAGGAUGUUCAAUAGCAUUUCAUAUCGCAGCUCGGGGGAUUGUGCAUUAUUAACAGUAGGGGUUGUGUCCCCCUUGCCUCUCUCUUGCCAUAGCCCAGAUAGGCACACUCCAUAUGCACACUUUCUGCAGACGGUGACUGCAGACAAGGACAGCGGUUGCCUCUCCUCUGCCCUUUGCUCCAGCCCAUGGCUCAGUUGCAAAUCAUUCCAUCCUCCUGAUGUACUCUGGUGCAGGUGCUCUGCUUGCUGGCUAAGGAAGUGGCUGCUGUCUCCUCUGCCUGGGGCUGUGGAAGUUUCUGAGGAAGCUGCAGAUGUGUGGGUACUGUGUAACUUCUCAUCUCUCACCCUGAAGAGAGUUUUGUGUUGCUAAAUUUGUUUGGUAAUUAUUUUUUUUUUUAAUUUCCAAUGUUAUGCUGCUAUAGCUUCUCCAGCAACAAGAGGACAACAUAGAAAAUAUCACCAACGUUGUUUGGUUUUCUGGUUGAAUGUGUCAUGUCUGUGGCCAUGUGUUUGUCAGUGGUGCUACGUGGAGCCAGGUUCAGUUUUCCAGUUUCAGGGAGAUACCAUUACUUGGUUUUUCUUUGUACAAGCAUUGCGGGUGGGUUGUGUGUGCUUGAUCAGCCAUGUCCACGCACAAAGACUGCAAAAUAAAUCUUUGGAAUUAAAUACA